UCUCGCGAGACUCAUUGUCCGGUGGGCGUUGCAAAGCGAGUGACUCGUACCGAUUUCAAAGUUGUUAGUCUGAUAACAGUACUCACAAUACCGCAAGUUUAAAUUUGUGUGUACACCCUGGUAACUUUUUAGACUUCACAAUGGCUGAGACGGAUCCCAAGUCGGUGCAGGACCUGACAAAUGUGGUGCAAACACUUCUGCAACAGAUGCAAGACAAAUUCCAGACUAUGUCUGACCAGAUCAUUGGGAGGAUUGAUGAGAUGAGCACACGCAUUGAUGAUCUGGAGAAGAACAUUGCUGAUCUGAUGACCCAGGCUGGUGUUGAAGAAAUUGAGGCAACACCUGAGAAAGCUAAAGAGGGUCAAGGCUCAUAAUGAAGGUUCUUACGUGAGGUGUGAAGUUGGUCGGCAGCAGAAGUUCCCAUUCAGAAAAUGACUUGUAUUGAUUUGGUGUGUAGUUGUGUGAAAUGCUUUUUUUUUUUUAAAUUUAUAUAUAUCCUGAAUGUUGUGCUAAAUGGUUCCAGUUAAGUAAUGAACAGUUCUUU